AUGACCGAAACAACAGGUUACGCGGGCAGUGGGCUUGUCCACGUUAAAAACCCACACCUGGACUCGAUGGAGGAGGAUGUUCUCUACCACCUGGCCUUGGGAACGAAGACACACAACCUGCCGGCCAUGUUUGGGGACAUCAAGUUUGUCUGCGUGGGUGGCAGCCCGGACAGGAUGAGGGCAUUUGCCCAGCUGAUGCAGAGGGAGCUGGGGCUGGCUGGCGACGGGGAGGAGCUGGCGGACAUCUGCGCGGGGUCGGAUCGCUACGCCAUGUACCGCACCGGGCCCCUGCUCUCCGUCAGCCAUGGGAUGGGCAUCCCUUCCAUCUCCAUCAUGCUUCAUGAGCUCAUCAAGCUGCUGCACCAUGCCAGAUGCCGAGAUGUCACUAUCAUACGCAUGGGCACCUCGGGAGGCUUAGGGGUUGAGGCUGGGUCUGUUGUGAUCACGGAUGUUGCUGUGGACUCCUUCUUCAGGCCGCGGUUCGAGCAGGUGGUGCUGGGUGAUGUGGUGGUGCGGAGUACAGAGCUGGACAAGGACCUUGCAGAGGAACUUCUUGCCUGCAGCAAGCAGAUUCCUGACUUCCCCACUCUUAUGGGCCAUACCAUGUGCACCUAUGACUUCUAUGAAGGUCAGGGGAGAUUAGAUGGAGCACUCUGCUCUUUUUCCAGUGAACAAAAGCUGGAAUACUUAAGAAGAGCCUAUGAGGCUGGUGUGAGGAACAUCGAGAUGGAGUCCACGGCAUUUGCUGCCCUCUGUGGGCUGUGUGGCCUGAGAGCUGCCGUGGUCUGUGUGACGCUCCUGGACCGGCUGGAAGGGGACCAGAUCCGAGCCCCCCGCGAGGUGCUGCGCGAGUACCAGCAGCGGCCGCAGCGCCUGAUCGCAGCCUUCAUCCGGCAGCGCCUGGCGGGCAGGCGGCUGGCUGGGACCGCGCCGUGCCGCACCCACUGA